ACAAUUGCAUAAAUAUGAUUAUAACCUUACAAUUUCGCAAAUACUUUCGAUAAUAAAAUUUAUUUAAUAUUAUACAUGAAAAAACGGUGUGUUUUAAAUAAAAUAUAAUAACGUAGAAUACAGUUGGAAAAAUAAAAGUUAAUAUAAGAAAUGAACCUAUCACGGUUGUGCGAAAUGGUACUUCAAUCUGAUGUCAUUGAUUUGCACCAUUAAAAAUUGUGGGAUUUAAAUGAACCUAUUAUGAAGUCGGUAUUCGGGAGUAAAUAGAUCGUAAAGAAACCGUAAGACAUCUUACGGUCGAGAUACUGUAGAAUUUAUGGUAAACCCAUCCAAAUUACAAAUUUCUUCAAAAAUCGCUGGAACAAACACUUGACUUUUGUCCUUAACCUUUAAGAACAAUGAACAGGUUCGAAUACAUUGAAGUACGAUUUCAUCCAAGUGAAAAUCAUGUACGACGUGACAUCGGUGUACGGUUGUAUGAUGGUGACAAUAAGACACACUUUGAAGGUGGUGAAUUAGUACUUACAAGUCACAGAAUUAUUUGGGGAAGACCUGGUGAUAUAUCCCGUGGCCAUACAUGUCUAUCAUUACCUCUUCGUUAUGUUAUUUUUUUUGAAGAAGAUGUUCCUAGUCCAUUUUCUUUUGGACGUAGUAAGAAAGUUAUCGUACAUCUCUCAGAAGCUACAAGCAAUAAACUACCUGGUCCAUUUGACAAUAGCGUUCAUAAUUAUAUAAAAUUAUCAUUCAAAGAAGGCUUAGAUCCUAACUUUAUUAUGCAUUUGUCUGAUACUAUUUCAAGACAAAUGUGGGAAAUAAUACCCAUUAUGCCAGCAAAUUAUUAUAAUCCUAGUGUGCAAAAUAGUGGUGAUAGUCCAAAGUCACUUCCACAAAUAAAAAUCAGAACUGGCAUUAUAGGAAUAGAGAGAAGUCUGCAAGAGCAACAGAAAGCAACAGAUGAAAGUAUAUCAAUGGCAUUCCAAGAUCUCAAGAAGCUUAUGCAAAUGGCCAAAGACAUGGUUUCCAUAUCAAAAACCAUCUCAGCAAAAAUACGGGAGAGGCAAGGAGACAUCACGGAGGAUGAAACAGUCAGAUUUAAAUCCUACUUAAUGAGUCUUGGUAUUGACGACCCUGUAACUCGCGAUGCAUACAAAAGCAGUAAUGAAUAUUUUAAGGAGCUAGCAAAACAACUGGCUGAUAUCUUAGAAG